CACAGUUUUGGAGUAACUCAAAAUAUUUUCGCUAUGGUUUUUUUUUAAUAAUUUCGUGUGUGAAACGGUGAUAUUAUUGAUUUUUUAUUGCAUUUAAUGCAUCGGCCAGCUGGGACACAUCAAAAUCCGCCGGAGGACUCUACGGAUUUCGCACACGGAGGCAGUGAAAAAGUUUUGUUUACCUUUUUUCGAUACCCCAGAGUUCUGCGAUUUCCGUGCCACUGUGUGCGUGUGCGAGUGCCCGUGGGUGUGUGUGGGUGUGAGCUGGUGUGCAAAAAUGGAAAUGCAUUCUCAAUAAAAUAAAAUAAAUAAAUGUGCCAAUUCGCUAAAAAGUAGUGCAUUCUAAAAUUGGUUGCUAAAGCUGCGCACAUGGAAAAUGUGCUCGAUAUUUCCACAAGCGCUUCGUCUUCUUCUUCUAAUUCUAUUUCUUCCACACUGAAACUCCAAAGCCAAAUAAAUUCCAAAAAUGUCCUAAUCCGAUCGCAGAGCAGCGGCAAGCUAAGCAGCAAUGAAGCAAAAUCAGCAAAGGCAUCAGCAGCAACCAGUACAACGACGACUCUGCGAGCGGCCAAGCUCAAGAUCGGGGCCAUGCAACAGCAGAAGCAGCAACAGCAGCAACAGCAGCAGCAGCAGCAACAUCAGUCAACGAACGGCAGCAACAUUAUCCUGUUGCGCGGCACUCGCAACGAGAAUGGCCAGAUUAUCAUCCAGAACAAGCAGGACAUACUUAGCCUGCUCAGCGAACAGCAGCAGCAGCAGGAGAAGGGCCACUCGUCCACGGCCAUCACGCUCAAUCAACUGCCAACAGCCACAACGGUGGCUAGGAAGACCAUUGUGCAGAGCUCGAGUGGCAGCAGCAGCAACAGCAGCAACAGCAGCAGCAGUAGCAACUCCACCAUUUCUAUUGUGGCGAGCGGCAACAACAAGGAGGCCAGCAGCAACACGAUCCUCCUACAAACGCCCAUCAAUGCCAGCCAGUUGGAGAGCGUUUUAAAGGCCCAGGAGCGUUCCAAGCAGGCGAAUGCCACGCAAACCAAGCUGGUGGAGCGGCCCUUUAUGCUGAAACAUGCCUCUCGUAGUCUCAGUUCCGAGAGCAACUGUGACAGCAAGUCCCCCUUUGUGCUGCAAACGCUGAAGCGUCUGGAGAAGUCCCAAUCCAUACUGGUCAUACGAAACUCUUCGGCCACUUCCUCUGUAACCAACACUUCCAUGGCCACUUCGCCGCCAAAUGGCAAUAGCCUUGCCACCUCAAGUAUUCUAAGUGUGACACGCACCACGAAGGCGGCCAAGGGCGUGGCGGGAGCGCUGCACAAGCUCAAGGCGGCGGCAGCAACAACAGGCACUAACGGAGGAGCAACAUCGGCAACAUCAUCGACGGCCACCACCAUACUGAGGCUGGGGAAAAGCGCCACCACACUGGCCAUUAAUGGAGGCAGCAAGCUAGAGGCCACAUCAACCACAACAGCAACGACAGCAGCACCAGCGACAACGACAACAUCAAAUAAAUUGUCCAACGCGGUGACAACCGAGCAGCAGCAGCAACAAUCGACAACAACGCAAACGAAUGUGCCACUUGGGAACGAUGGCGAACCCAUCAAGCUGCCCGACAAUUUGGAGAGCCUGCCAAGAGCCGACAGUUUUCCAUCACAGCGUCAUCGUUGGAAUACAAAUGAGGAAAUCGCUGCGAUUCUUAUCAGCUUUGAUAAGCACGGCGAGUGGCAGUCCAAAGAGGUUCGGACCAGACCCAAGAGUGGAUCGCUGUUGCUGUACUCCAGGAAGAAGGUUCGCUAUAGGCGCGAUGGUUACUGCUGGAAGAAGCGCAAGGAUGGCAAGACAACGCGCGAGGAUCACAUGAAACUAAAAGUACAAGGCACUGAGUGCAUCUAUGGUUGUUACGUACACUCGGCCAUAUUGCCCACAUUUCAUCGCAGAUGUUACUGGCUGUUGCAGAAUCCGGACAUUGUUUUGGUGCACUAUCUGAAUGUCCCGUAUCCAGAUGAUAAUAAAAUGGCAGUGAUUGCGCCCAGCAUCACACUUUGGGGCGAUAAGAAGGAGUGGACCAAGGAGGAACUGGUCAGCCAGCUGAAACCCAUGCUCUCCACAAUUAAUUCGGAUGAUGACUCCGACUCAGGCAACGACAUAGAAAUAUCGACGGCGGAGACGGUGGAGUCCAUUGUUUGCCAGCUGAUGGAGAAGCAGCGAUUGUCUCGCCAGGCUGCGUUGGUAAAGCAGCUGGACUGCGGCUGCGGGGAUGGAGGAUGUGCGGAUGGAAAGACCUGCACGCAUCCCGUGAUGCGACGAUCGGGCGCCAUGCUUAAGUCCUCGGUGCAGGAGAAGCGGCUGGGCGAGACCUUCAACGGCAACACGCCCAAUGUGGUGGUGGCCAGCAAACUCUACUCCCGAUGGGCGGAGCGGCCAAGGCAGCACCUGGACAAUCACGGCCAGUUCCACAAUGUCACGCAGCAGUUGCCGCAGGAGUCCGCCAUCAAGUUCCAGAUCAUUCCGCCGCAGCAGCAGCAACAGGAUGGGAACUACCAGCAACAGCAGUAUCGAGGAGCCAGUCAAAUGUUGGCCGCAAGAAACAAUCUGGUGAUGCAACAACAACAGCAGCAACACCAACAGCAGCAGCAAUACCACCAGCAACAACAGCAACAGCAGCAGCAGCACUUGAGCCUGCAGCGAUUUGUUGCCAGUCAAAGCCAGAAUUCUGUACAUCUCAAUCAGCAGCACAGGCUGCAAAUAGCCAAUACAACGAUCACAGCCACAGCCAGAGAUCCUGCGACGACUUCAGCAGCAGCAGCGGCAGUAGUGGCCUCAAAUGUUAUGGACACUGAACUAAUUGAAAACCAAAACCACAUGACCGCAAACAAAAUCACAAACUCCAGUAGCAGCAAUAACAGCAGCAGCAAUGCCAGCAAGCAAUUAGCAGCUCAAACAAACAACGAAUUAAAUGUCGUAAAUAAUAACGACCCCGGCAACAAUAACUUUAUGUACAAUCAACAGCAGCAACUCAAUGCUUCCAGCAACAACAGCAACCAGCAGCAGCAGCAACAUUAUUAUAAAUUGCAACAGACAACAGCAACCCCAAGCAGUGGUCAGCCGCCCCCUCUGGCGCAAGUGCAACCCCUUUCCUUGGCCCAACCCCCCGUGGAAGCCAUGUGCAUGUCACCCGAGCAUCGCAUCAGCAGCCAGCCCACACCUGCAACGUCUUCCGCUGGCAACAACACCUCCUCCAUUUCCAUAUCCACUCCCACAUCCAUAUCCACACCCACAUCGGGCACUUCGUCCACUUCGAGUUCCUUACAAUCGAUUAUCGAUGGCAAUCAGCAGCAACAAAUUACAACGACUUCGACGGCAGCAACUUGUGAUAAUUUAAUGAGCGCCAAUGCGCUCUCUGAGCAGGACAGCAACACAGUCAACAAUCAGGCCACAGAAGCCCUCAAUAGGAGUCAGCCGCAGUCGCAGUCGCUGGCUCAACCCCUGAACCAAAAUGGUUGUGCAACUUUCAGUGCUUCCAGUGAUAACAGUAGCCAAAUUAGUGACGAGAGCAGCAGCUUUGGCGGGAACAAUCAAACAAGCAGCAACAGCAGCAGCACCGAGGAGGAGCCCCCGGCGGAGACUCUAAGUUUCUUCAACGAGACCUUGGAUCUGUCCCACGAGGAUAUUCAGCGUACUUUGAUUGCCAAUAUGCCAUACAAUACGACAGCAACAGGAGCAACAACAUCUAGUGCAACGACAGCAACAGGCGGCAGCAGCAAGUCCAAGAACAAUCCACAGGAGGCGGAGAAGAAACCUGAACCUCCAACCGAGGUUGAGGAGGAUGAAACGGACGAUGUGUUUGCCAAUCUGGACGCCUUCGAUAUGCUCGUGGAGUUUCCCGAAUUGGAUCUGGAUGACAAGCAGGCACUGAAUAACACCGCUUUGGAGCAGGGCUCCUAUUUGGGCGAGGCAACGACAUCACAGCCGCGCAAGGUGCUCAAUAUAUGCGACUUUAGUCCAGAGUGGUCGUACACGGAGGGAGGCGUCAAGGUUCUAGUGGCUGGACCCUGGACGAGCUCUAAUGGCGGCGCCUAUACGGUGCUGUUUGAUGCCCAACCAGUGCCCACGCAACUUGUCCAGGAUGGAGUUCUCCGCUGCUAUUGUCCAGCCCACGAGGCCGGAUUUGUGACUCUGCAGGUUGCCUGCGGUGGUUUCCUUGUCUCCAACUCCGUGAUGUUCGAGUACAAGCUGUCGCUGCUGGCUGAUGCUCCCUUCGAUGCCAGCAGUUCCAACGAUUGCUUGUACAAGUUCACGCUGCUCAAUCGCCUGUCUACCAUCGAUGAGAAGCUGCAAGUGAAGACGGAGCAAGAACUCACGACCGAUCACACUUCUCUUUAUCUGGAGCCCAACUUUGAGGAGAAGCUGGUAGCCUAUUGCCACAAGCUAAUCAAGCACGCCUGGAGCAUGCCCAGCACAUCUGCCUCCUGGACUGUGGGACUACGCGGCAUGACUUUGCUCCAUUUGGCCGCCGCUUUGGGCUAUGCCAAACUGGUGGGCGCCAUGCUAAAUUGGAGGUCAGAGAAUCCACAUAUCAUACUUGAAACGGAGCUGGACGCCCUCAGCCAGGAUGUCUACGGCUUCACUCCGCUCGCCUGGGCCUGCGUGCGCGGCCAUGUGGAGUGCUCGCUGCUGCUCUACAAGUGGAACCACAACGCCCUGAAGAUUAAGACCCAGGCUCAGCAGACGCCCUUAGAUUUGGCCAAUAUGCGGGGUCACAAACAUUUGCUGGCCCAGAUGUACAGGCUGGAGAAGGAGCGCUGCCGGAAGCCACAAUUGCGCGGUGGCUUGGCCAAUCUUUCCAUGAAUAUGGGCGUGGAAGCGGAGACGGAGGAACAGCACCAGAGCUUCAGCGGCUUUGAUUUGGAGCUCCAGCGUAAGCAUGAUGGGGUUUUCCUGAGACCUGUUGCUGUGCAUAGCAAUCAAAGUCCACCAAAUAACAGCAGUCGUUAUUCGAAGCGAUCUUCUAUAGACAGUGGCAUUAACAUGGAUAUACGCAGCAAAUCCGGCAAACCACUAUCCAGGCUUCAUAGUAACUUUGAGAGUCAUGACAAUUAUGCUCUGGGCGUUGACUCGCCGCUGGACUCGCUGACUGGGACCAACUGUCUGCUGUCGCCGCUGCGAAAAAUGGACUUUGCUCUCUGCGAGGUAUCCACGGGCGAAUCGAGUCCCGUGCACGACAAAGACAUCGAUUGCGACGACAACUCGACGAGCGCGACCGACGUGACCAUUGGCAAUGAAUUGGCCCUGCCCGAUGCCGUUGUAGGGGAUUCCGAUGCCAAAGUGCUGACAUUAGCGGAACACAUAAUAGCAGCCAUGCCGGAAAGGAUUAAGAAUGAAGCCGAUGAAAUGAUGGUGCUGGGCAGUCCCUUGACAGAACCACUCACCUCUGAAUCCUCGGCGCUGACGGAUAGCUUUAUGGAUCCCCUGCUCGACUCGCUGCCUAAUACACAUUUUGACAGUGACUUUAGCUUUGAUUUCCAUGACCAUAGCUAUCGCUAUCACGAUGUCAGCACGCCCUGCUCCAGUUUAAGUCCCGCCAGCUCGGGACCGCUGCAGUCACCUGCCAGUUACUCCAUACUGGGAACAGAUCCCUCUGUCAGCUCACCCAGUCCUCCACCAUCAACUAAACAGUUGACGGAGUUUCUGCACGCCUCCAGCAUCUCGCAGUAUCCUUUUGAGGCGGAUUUCUCCAAGCUCACCUUAACGGAUACAGAACAGCGCGAGCUUUACGAGGCGGCCAAGUGCAUUCAGAAGGCCUAUCGGUCGUACAAGGGCCGACAGAAGCUCGAAGAGCAGAAUAAGGAACGGAGCGCCGCCACUGUUAUUCAGAACUAUUACAGGCGGUACAAGCAGUACGCCUACUACAGGCAGAUGACAAACGCCGCCUUGGUUAUUCAGCACGGCUAUCGCUCCUAUCGGCGAAACAAGCGAUUCAAGAAAAGCGGCUUGGGUUUAGGGAGCUCCAGUGAUCAUGGAAGUGUGAGCAGCAACUCGCAAUGUCUGUCUAGCUUUUAUGAUCACUUCAAGCAGGAUCAGCAGCAGCUGCACGAGAUGGGCUCCCAGCCCAGCACGCCCAAGGAAACCAGUCCUUCGGGUCCCUUGAAGCGAACAUACUCGCAGUCCACCCAGAAUCAAGCUGCCAGAAAAAUCCAACAGUUUAUGAGACAAUCACGCAUCAACAUUUGGGAUGGCAAUUUGACGACUUUGACUACAGAAAGAACGAGCCGAAAAAGAGAAGCUUGUGCACCAACGCAGGGCGGAAUACCUUCAAAACUUGCAGUUUCAAGGGCAGCAGGAAAUGUUGGUGUGCCACGAAAAUAACAUUUCUGCGCCGAGCAGUGGCAACACCAAUGCGAGCAACAACAACAAUCUACACCAAAUACAAUCCAAUCAGUGAGGGUCAACUGAGUGAAUUUUUAACUUAGGAACAAGCUGCACUGUUCCAUAAGAAUUUAUGAAUAGCUUUAACAACCGAGUGAAACUUUCUACUUUCGUAAUCUUUCCGAUUUGGAAAAACAAUCCCAAGCACCUCUGUAGUGAAACUUUGUUUCAAAAUCUCUCUGACACAGACAUCACACACUCUGAAUUAGUAGCAACUACCUGCACUUUGAUUCAUUUGCCUAACGAAUUUUAAGAAACUAUGGAUAGAAACACACAUUGUUUUCGAAGUGAACGUAGCUUAGGUUAGUGGUCUUUUUAGGUAUUACUUAAACCUAAUCUUAACCGAAGAUCGGACUCCAGGGAGAAGAUGAGAACACAAUUUUUCCAUUUGUCAACUCGAAAGAACUUAUUACUGAAGCCUUUGAAAAACUUUUUAACUCCAAUUGUAGUGAAAAAACGUAGCCUGCAAUAUAUACAUAUUAUAUAUAUACAAUUUAAACCAAUAUUACGCAUGUGUAUGCCUCUAUAUAGUUACAUUUGUAUAUAGAUAUUGCCUAACUAACUAAAUUCUAGUAUAUUUUAACAUACUACCAAGCUCUGCGAUGCGACUAAGCUUGUCUCUAAAGCAAAAUCCAAAAAAAAAAAGAAAAACAUAAACAUUAAUCCUUGAUCCUAACUAGUUGCUAAAUGCUCUUUAGGUUUAAGCAUAAGACUCUACUGAAAGUCCAAAAGUUGUUGUUGAUUUCUAAAAUCAGGUUCGUGUGUAGUGCGCAGCAGAUACCAAUUUAUCAUGUUUCAAAGAAAACAAACCCUAUUCUAAUUUCUAAUACGCAAGUACUUACUACGAUAAUGUGUAAUAAGUCUUAACUUAUCUGACUACCUAGACUAAGCUUAGCUAAUGAUAAAAGAAAUCAAAAAAUGUUUUGGGUACUAAGCCCAAAAUUCAACCAAAUCUGAUGGGCAGUCAGCCAGAAACCAGAUGGAGGAUCUGAAAUUUCCGACUUUCUGCUGCUGCUUCCCCCAACUGAUUGAUCGCGCCAAUCAAUCUGAACUGCUUGAAGACACAGCCAAAAAAAAACCCAAAACAUGCAAGAGAGAAAAGUUUUUUAACUAAAUGUAACAAUAAAUGAAUUUUUGUAAAUUAUUUUUGUCCGUCCACAUUGUUAGCUUUCAUAACAUACCAACAAGAACAUAUAUACUUACAAAUAUACAAUAAAUAUAAUAUAGAAAGAGCCGAUACUGAUACGAUAACUCAAGAAACAAUUUUUAAAGGAUCGUUCACGUUCGAAUUAAUAAACACAGGCGGCAGUUGGACGAUGAAUGUACAUACACCAGCUCGAAUCCGAAUGUCCAGCACAUAGGAAUGGAGACACUUACCUCUAGCAAACCCAAAAAACCACAAAAAAACAAACUCACAAAAACCCAAGUGCAAAGAAAAGCAACUUCAAGUGCGAGAUGUGGAAAUGGGCUGUAAGUUGACUUUUACUCGACGAAUGUUUGUCACAACCAGAAGCGCAGCUGUUGAGGGUGGGUGGGACUUAGGAUCUAUCACAUUGUUAACUAUUUAACUACGAACUAUUAUACUUAAUUCGCACUAUUAUUACUCUACGAAACUUUGAUUGCAUUUUGCUCUAACUUAACUAUGUAUAAAUCUGAAUAACUGAUUCGAAAUGAAGACUAAAUACGAUUUCACUACUCAACUGACUUAAGAAUUGCAAUCAAUUUUGUUAACUGUUUAGGCAGGGUGUUAGACAUGUACCAGCUGAAUACUAAAUCCAAUUAAUUGCAAUAUUUGCACAUACUACACACACAAAACACACUCUGGCUCACAAAAAAAAAAACAAAAAGAAAACACAC